CUAAAAACAAAAUUCCCUCUCUUCUCUCUAGCGAUACCAAGAGUCAGCCUGAACUCUCUCUAGCUAUACCCACAGUCACAGUCACUCUCUCAUCCCUCUCACCUUCAGCAUCUCUCUUCUUCAUUGAUCUCUUCUAUGUCCUCUAUCUCUGCCAUCAUCUAUUCCUAAACCCUAAAAGAGACAGCCACAGACGUCCUCCUCAUGGUCGAGAAGAGCCAUCGGAGUCCCUUCAUUUACCUCUGUCGUUGUCGUCCUCCAUGUGAGAUUAUUUCAGUUAGGGUUUCAAUUUAUUGGAGAUAGAUCAGUCGUCGGUGACUCUAUAACUGUUCGUGAGACAAUUACUAUGUCUUCUUCUCAAAUCAAUAGCGCCACGUCUUUUGAAGUCUGGUAAUCUCUCUCUCAGUGGCUCGCUCACCCCUCGCUCAGUCUCUCUUCCUCCAUUGUCUCUUCUUGAUUCUCAGCGUUUUGGACAAAGUUGGGGUUAGAUUCUUCUUUUCAUGCUGGGUACUAUUGUUGUUGAUAUAUUUUUCACAAAUUUCAGCUCUGUUAUUUGCUUUUUUAAUUUCCAGGGUCUUAAUGAUAACAGGCUCUACUCCGGUGCUGUGGCUGGAGCUAGAGAGGCAUUAAUAUGUGGUGUCUCAUCUCUGUGCAUGUCAUUGAAUUGGAAGAAAGAUGUAAGCUAUGAAAGUGAUAAGAAGGAUGCAGUUGGUGUCUCCUUGCCAUUAACAUAUGCAGCUGUAAAAAGCAUCCAGGAGGAAGUUUUCCCCAAAAGUUGCUUAUUGAACUUUGAGAUUCCUAGUUCUCCUUGGACAAAUAAGGUUCUUAGCAGCAUCGCUUUAUGGUUAUUUACAGCUGCAAAGGCUCCCAAAGACACUCUUGAUUUGUACCUACACGGACAUGGUAAAUUUGAGACUCUUGGAGCACUUGGAAUCUCUUGUAUGCUGGCAUUGCUGGGCAUGCUUUGGAUCUUUUGCUGGGAUUGUUUUCAGCGGAUCCUCCUAUAGUUAGUCAGUCAUUGACUGAUCAUGUGCAUAAUCAUCAUCAUGGACAUCACCAUGGAGUUGACAUGGAGCACCCUGCUCUAGCUUUGAGCAUGACUGUUUUCUCGAUAUUUGUUAAAGAAGGGUACCAAAAGUUUAUAAAAUCUUAAUUUUUCAAGAGUUGUCUCCUAUUCCAUGUCAUGAAAAGCAGAUUGAAUUCCCUUAUCAGAACCACAUAGCUAUCUAGGUCAUUGAAUCAUUGGUCCUUGUUGCUUAUGUGUAAACCAUCUCAACUUCAUGUUUAUUUCUGACUUUAUGCGUGUUGUUCUCUCUCUC